AUGAAACAGGGUGAAAGCAGGCGUAACAGCGAAGACAAUGACAGCAGUGCGCAUACGAAGCGAACUAAACUCCAAUCUUUUCUUUUAAGGCAUCCCCCAAAGUCUAGACGAGGCUUUUUGCCAAUCGUGUUCUUGGUGACCCUUAUCGCAAUCAGUAAGGAGACAUCUUCAAUUCGAAACUUUCAAGGGAACCAAUCAAGUGCGCGAAGACAAAUCUUGAAUGAAGUGAAACAUACUCCAGAGAUCGACGAUUCAUCAUCAACAGGACCAAAAGGAAUUAUAAACUAUCUCAUUUAUGUUGUGACAUUACAGGGCGUCAAAGGAGCUGAUGACAGCAACAUUGGUCGGUACGAUAAUUUCAAACGUCACUGGAAUAUUCUUUGUCAUCAGGAUGACCAGCUACAAGAACAGUUUCACUUUCACACCUGCCGUGGACAUUUGAGUCCCAAAGGAACUCCAAAGGGAUACGGGCUGUCCGUUGCCUAUUUGGAUUGCUUCCGUUGGGCAAUUCAAAAUCAUAACAAAUGGCACAGGGAAAACAAUCCCAACGCAACUGGCAAUAAUGGGCUAGAUGACGACAGUAUACCAUUUGUAUUCCUGGAAGAUGAUUCCAGACUUUACAACUCCAACUUUUGUCACUCCAGCUAUCGGAAUCGGAUUUGGCAAAGCUUGCCGCAGACAAAUGCCACCUUGCUGAUGCUGGGAGGACACGGUAUGGCCUUUCAAAACAGCAGUCACCCGAUUGCACGAGUCUAUCAAGAUCACUACUAUGAUGAGACUUUGCUCAUGGACCCAUCAGUUCUGCCUCAAUUCAUAAGAGUUCAACGAGGGUUUGGGAGCUAUGGAUUUGCCUUGUUGAACACUCCCAGCGUCGAGUACAUGGCUCGUAAGAUGAACAAUAUGCUAAAUCGAACUUUUGACGCUAAAGGGAUGAAAGGUUUCAAGGCGAUUGACCAACAGUUUCACCACUACGGUGUGCUUCGAACUCUCAUGACGUACCCCUGGAUAGUAUACCACGAAGGAGGCCUGUAUUCCAAUACCAAGGGUGCCGUUCGAGGGGAAUUUGGGGAUGGAUCCAAGCAAUAUCGAUGGAUCAGUGGAUUGACGGGUUCGUUCAAGAACUGCAGCAGCGAUGAUAACGUGAGCAGCAAAGAUCAUAUUGGCCUGUCCAAUAGCAAUCGAGAUGACGGGCCAUAUCAGGAGGGAACAGUGCAAGUCGCAUGUCGUGGAGUCACCUUUCGGAUUCCCCGAUCCUUCUCAUCGUCACAAGGCAAUAGCACUUCUACAGGCGAUGUGAUUCUGACGGCAGUCAUCUCCGCAAGCAAUCACGCGGAUCGGAGGGCGUCCAUUCGAUCUACGUGGGCGAAAGGUUCCACUGACGUAUUCUUUGUCGUUGCUGGACCAUGGGAGGAGAUUGCUUCCGAGUUUCAGGAGCAUCACGAUUUGGUAUGGAUCGACAAUGGCGGUAAUGGCGACAAUGUGAAUGCUACAAACAUGUUGUCCAGCUUGCAAGUGGCAACCUUUUUAACCAUUGCAGAUGUGCAAUACGGCAAUCACUAUUCGCAUAUUCUCAAAGUGACUGAUCACUCAUAUGCCAAACUCUCGGCAAUUCGUUCCAAUCUUUUUGACAAUGGCCGACAGAAAAUCGCCAUGUACGGAACACACUGUGGCACUGGUGUCCGACCCAGUCACGUUGGUGUGUCUGAGACAGAAUAUUCGGAUUUUUUCUUUCCACAGUAUUGCAAGGGUGAUGGCUAUGCUCUGUCCAGAUUGUUUCUGCUAUGUGCUAUAUCGCAUAUCCCCCAAAGUAGACUGGUAUCUCUGGAUGAUGCAUACAUUGGUAUUCUCGGAGAACGUUGCGGACUUGAAGCGAAUCAGUUCCAUAGUGGCGCUGAUGUGGAGGAGGGGAAGAUGCCAUUGCUUCAACAUGAUCUUAAGACGACUACGGCGAUGGAAGAAUAUCAUGGCAAACAGCUGAAUGCGACUUUAUAUUUAAAUCAUCGGUGA